UCCAGGUUCCUCCGUCAAGAAUGAACGAAGGCGGUGAGAUCGCAAAGGAACGGCACGCUCUGAUACUCUCAUGCACUCUCUCGCCUGAAGAGACAUCACGACCAUUGUAUCCAACAUGACAGGUCGAACCGCCCCAGCUACUAGGAGGAGUGUGAAGAAGUCACGAGGCGGAUGCACACGAUGCAAAGCUCAACAUCUCAAAUGCGAUGAGAAGAAACCGGAAUGCGGGCGUUGCGAACGGCUCGGAGUAGGAUGUCCCGGGUAUGCUCAGCCUUUGAAAUGGUCAUACAAGCAUGAAGUCGGCCAGCCCGGUUUCAGCGCUCAAAGUCCUGCGACUGCAGCAGUUCAGACGCCAAGAGAGUUCCAUUUCUCACCUUCCUCCGCAAUGGCCGAGCUGGACUGGACAGAUUUGAUGUUCCAACCGAUGCUGGAUAGCGUUCCUCCAGCUCCUACCGAGACAAUCUUAGAGCCCGCAAGACAACUGGACUGGAACACAGCAACACCAGUCAAUGCAUUUCCGUCCUGGGCUACCGGAGGCGAUGAUACUAUUCCUCAAAACGAUGCUGUGAUAGUACAUUCCACUUCAAGUAGAAGCCCGGUCAGGCGUAAGCAGAGUAUGCUUCAGUCACUACAGAGUCGUAGGCCAGAACUUCCACCCCAGGUCCCAAGGUCGCUGAGCCAUCAGUCCACCGAGUUGAUCUCAUAUUAUUUCAAGGAAGUACCGAGGGUGUACUCCAUGUUCGACUCUAUGAAGAAUCCGUUCCGGUCUGCUGUCUCGGAGCUCUUCGGUCACUCCUUGAUCGUGAAUUUGGCCGCCCAGAGCAUGGCGGCCGGUUUCCUCGUUGAGGUACAUCCUCGAUUUGCGAAGAUCGGGCGGAAUCUUAGGCGAGAAGCCAUGGAACUGAUCAAAAAGGAGGAUAGCACGGACUACAAAGCGUUAUUGGCACUCUCGAUGUUUGGACCGACUGGAAAUUGGUUGGAUGCCUCGGAUCUUGGCGUCGAGUUCUACAAUAUGGCGCGGGAUCGGAUCGAAGCAAUACGAUCGUCUGACACCGUCAUGGUAGCCAAUGAUAACAAUUUCAAAUUCUUUGACGAGGGACUGGUAUUUUGGGAAUGUAUCCUCGCCUACGUCGUUGACGGCGAUCUCAUCCGGCCAGCGCAGCCUUCCUUGGAAAUACAACAUCCCAACAUAUCCAUGAAGCGCGCGGCCCAUCCUUGGACCGGAGUGGCGCGAGAAAUGGUACAGACUGUCGCAGAUAUCGGGCGACUAGUACGGGCGCACAGAAGUCGAUUGCGAAAGCAGACGUUUGUGACGCAGGUCUGUUUGGAUCAACUCGGACACGACCUCCUCGUAGCCAAGGAGUUUGAAAAGCGCAUACUGGCGUACCAGCUUCCGGACGAAGAGAGCAUCCUCGACCUGGAAGAUGAAGCCACCCCGAUCCAUCAUUUGAUCACAAUGGCGGAAGUCAAUCGCUACGCUGGUCUGCUUCAGCUUUACCGCGUCUUCCCGGAUCUUCUCACGGAUCGACUCGCCGCUGAAGAUGGCGCAAUGGACCAUUGGACAGGAAGCACAAACACGGGUCUUCCAGCGAAUGGAACUCGAAACAGCCAAUGGCUGACAGCAUUCGCAAUAGAAGCUCUCCGCUUGCUAGAGUCUGUUCCAAUAGAAUCGGGGACGAGGGACUUUCACCCGUUCAUGCUGGUGCUCUGCUCGAGCGAGUUGACGUGCACCAGCAUGAAUGAGCUCUCGGCGUCGAACCCAAGUGAGUCGCACGAUGAAGAGUUGAAUGAGACCUUCAUCGAAGUUUCCAUGGUGCGCAAAUUUGUUCUCGAUCGAUUGACGACUUGUUUGAGUUUGCUGCCUCCGACACCGAUUCGUGUGUGUAUCGACAUUGUCAAGGAGACAUGGAAACGGAUCGAUGCUGGACAAAAGGAUGUUUACUGGCUGGAUGUCAUGAUGGAGAGAGGGUGGGAGACGAUUAUGGCAUGA